AAUUCUUUUAUUUCUUUCUUGGCCGGGCUUUGGAUAUCCAAACUGCGCAAACGUCCCUCAAUUAUAGAUGGCCAUCCAUCUUAAAGCAAAUUCCCUUUGGCUCAACAUUCAAAGGUCCAUACAAAACACCGCCCUCUUUCUCGAAGCCAUACCCUCCUCCCUCUCUUUAAGAUUUGAAAGUGACUUCUGAAAGCCAAGCAAGGGCAAAAUUCACUCUCUGAGGGAAAAGCAAAAAAAGAUUCCUUGCAUGUCCCAGGCCUUUUGCCCUUCAAAUAUUCCCUCCUCAUAUACAAAUAAAUGCCACCUAUUGAUUCUUCAUUCACUCUCCACCCUCUCCAUUCCAUAGAAAACACAACCCUUUGUUUUUUCUUCAUUUUCCUGCCUUUCCCUAACUCAUGAUCCCAGAACUGGAGAAGCCUCGGGUCACUGAGAUACAGGUCCGGAUGGACUGUAAUGGGUGCGUACAGAAGAUCAAGAAAGCCCUAUACGGCAUCAAUGGUAUAUAUGAUCUCUAUAUUGACUUCCCCCAACAAAAAUUGACAAUAAUUGGGUGGGCGGAUCCUGAAAAAAUAAUGAAAGCCAUUAAGAAGACGAGAAAGAUUGCCACCAUCUGUAGUCAUACAGAACCGACAGACCCAGCCACAAAGCCACCGGAACAAGCACCUGAAGGCGGCGGCCCACCCCCAGCAGAAGCUGCAAACCCUCCCCCUGCAGAAGCUCCACAAGCCGAGGCUGCCCCACCAGCGGAGCCACCAAAAGACCCACCACCACCUGAAAAUCCUCCGCCAGAGGCAACACCAGCACCUGCAGCUGCAGAUGUUAAUGCAGGUAACCCAGCACGACCUAAAGAUGUGGAAGAGGUUCACGUAAUAUACCACCACCCACCUGAGUAUGGCUACAGAUAUGGGUAUGGUCACCGGUAUGGAGGGCACUGGAACAACUACUCCAAUGUCCAAGGAUUGCAACAAGAGCCACCCCCAACCGUCUACACCAAUGUCCAAGGAGUCCAUCACGAGCCACCCCCGACAAUGUACACCAAUGUCCAAGGACUCCAUCAUGAGCCACCCCCACCUGUCUAUGUGACUCAUAGGUACAACACAUACAAGCCACCACCUUACAUCACUGAAUACGAGUACAUCCGGUCGCCACCACGGCACGCACAUUACAGUAGGAUGGACCGCUAUAGUGAGGAUUAUCGCAACGUGAAUAACAGCAAUGGAAACAUCACUUCAAUGUUUAGCGAUGAAAAUCCAAAUGCGUGUAGAAUAGUCUAGACAGGGUAGAGAAGUCAGUUUGAAAACGGAGCUCUUUCUUUUGCCUCCAAGAGAGUCUUAGCUAGAAAGUCAUUGGAGAAUAAUUAAUGAAAUAAAAGUAAUUUGUGGCCGUGAUGUUUCCUAAUAAGCACGUGAAGAUAUUGCGAGAGGAAUGAGAUUCUGAGCUUGUAAGUGGAGGAAGAAUCGAUCCUGCAUUCCACUUCUGAUAGGGCCAAUACAUACUGCCGGGUAUUCAUUUCUUAUGUAAGAAUCCUGUAAAGCAUAUAUUCUACAAGCCUAAUCCACAUCCUUCCAUUUUUCAAAAA